AUGACAACCCCCACCACAACCGAACUCCUGACCUCGUACCGGCACCUCUACCGCUCAGCCCUCCAGGCAGUCCAGUACUCCAAGCCGGCGCGGUACGUGAUCCGGGACCAACUCCGUCUCGCCUUUCGGGAUAGGUCCAACCUGGCGAGCUACCACCCCGAGAGGAUCAGGAGGACGGUUUGGUUUUUUCACGCGGCGUCUCAGUCGAGGGGGUUGGAGCACAGGAUUUGCAAGACGUUGGUGAGGGUGCACUGGGAGAGGACGAGGGUGGACAGGAAGAGCUGGAAGCAUCUGCUGAGGGAGAGGGAGGAGGUUGAGAAGGCUAGCGAGAAGGUGAAGAAGAGGUUGGCGGAGAGGGGGGGGGAUGUUGUCAAGGAACGGGGGUUGAGGUGGAGGGGGUGGGAGGGGGUGGUGGGGAUGUUGAAUGAGAGUAUGGGGUUGUGUUUGAGGUGA